AUGGCGGCCGCCUCCAUGCUCGCUGUCUUCGCCCCGCCGGUCCUCCUCCGCCCAGCGGCCUCCCUUGCCCCUCCGCGCCGCACCUCCGCCGCCAUCGCCGUGCGCGCCGCGGCCAAGGCUCCGGCCGCGGCGGCGGCGCCGAAGAAGAAGAGGGCGACCGGCAUCACGAUGCCGCGGCCCGUGUCCCCGGCGCUGCAGGCGUUCGUGGGCGCCGCCGAGGUCCCCCGCACCGAGGCCAUCAAGCGCCUCUGGGCCUACAUCAAGCAGAACAACCUCCAGGACCCUGCGGAUAAGAAGGUCAUCGUGUGUGACGAGAAGCUGAAAGUCCUAUUUGCUGGGCGAGAGCGCGUCGGGUUCCUUGAGGUUGCCAAGCUUCUGAACCCGCACUUUGUCAAGGUCCCAUGAAGCCAUUUCCAUGAAGUUAUGCUAGCUAGAUGGUUUCUACUUUUCUGGUGGUCUUGAGGAUGCGCGUAGGCUUGUUCCACUGGCCCGAGUUGGCUCGACUUGGUAGUGUUCUUUAGCUCUCUGCAGACAGGGUUAGUGUACCUCUGGCAGUAGUAAUCUGGAACCUCUUAUUAACAGCUCUCAGGUCUCAGCUCGUAUGCUUGUAGACAGCUUUGUGUAUUAGCAAGCGAUAUGUUCUGGAGUCUUAAGCGUGGCAUGCCCUAUGUUGCUUUA